GCGUCUAAAUGUACCGAAGGGACAGUUAUUGCAGUUGCAAUAGACUACUGUCGGAGGUAAACAGCUGGGAAACAUUUUGAAGUGACACGUAUCAGGUAAAAUGUUGAAGUGUGAAUAAUUAGUAAAAAAAUGGAGCAAAAGGUUGUAGCUUCCGAAUCUGAUGAGAUUGACUGGGGAGGAAGUGGAGCUGAAGAGGGAGGGGUUAUGAAGAAGAGCAAAACCUUAUCAAUGAACGUGCACAGUGGUCUUCCUGAUCCACUCACAGGUCCUGUGAAAUGUUCUCUGAUAAAAGGAGACUACCUCUACUUCCACUAUGGCUGUGAUGGGCAAGAUGACAGAGGCUGGGGAUGCGGCUACCGCACCAUUCAGACUGUGGCUUCCUGGCUUUGCCGAAACUGGUUUCCACUUCAGGGCAAACACAGACCUCCACCAAGCCUCCCUGAAAUCCAACAAGCCCUGGUCACCAUGGGGGACAAACCAGCCUCCUUUUCAUGCUCCAGGGAGUGGAUCGGGACAUUUGAAGCCUCCCUGGUCCUUGACUAUUUCUAUGAUGUCCCCUGUAAGUUGGUGCAUGUCAGAGGUGGAGGCGCAGAGCUGGAGCAUGUUGCAGUGGAGGAGCUCCAUCAGCACUUUGAGAAACAUGGAUCUCCGGUCAUGAUGGGAGGGGACAGGGACAACUCCUCUAAAGGGAUAUUGGGGGUGUGCUCUGGGGAUAGAGGGAGCUACUUGCUUGUCGUUGACCCUCACUACUAUGGGUGUCAGCUGGAGCAGCAAGAGCUGCAGAAGCGGGGUUGGGUGGCGUGGAAAAGAGUAUCAUCCCUGGAUCAGUCUUCGUUUUAUAAUUUAUGUAUGCCUCAGACUGCCAAAAAAAGGAACAUGAACUAAGCAAAAGACAUAUUUCUAAUUCAGAGAGGCAGAUGAAUUAUUGUUUGUUCGGAUGAACUUCAGAAAACUGGUUUUCUAAUUUGGAUGUAAUAUUUUAUUAGGGUAGAGGUUGUACUGCAGUGUCAGCUUUGGGGCUGUAGUGCCAUCUUGUGGAUGAAAUUAAUGAUUAUGAUUCAUUAAACUCUUCUUGGGUAUGUAUCAAGUAUUUCCCUCAGUGAUUUCUGCUUCAAAAGCAAAUGCUUUAGUUUGAAUUCAUUUGUAUUACACACACAGUUCUCUCCGUGAUGUCAAUAUGUAAACCAAGCUCAGUGAUCAAUAAUUAAUUCAAAAAAAUUAUUGGUUUAGUGAGAGUAGUAGUAUCAGUAUGCACAAUCAGUAUUGUUAAUAUUUAAAAAGGAAAAUCACCAUUACCACCUUUGUCACACUGCAUUUUAUUGAAUUUAUUUUUCAAAUAUAGAUGGUGACGAUUCUCUGGUUCCAUCUUUUUUAAAGAUUUGCAACUUUAAAAAAAUAUUUUGAUUGUCAUUUUUAUCAUUUUCAACCGUUACUGUGACAAAACAAGCAAUCUUUAGACUGAGAUAUUGUGAUAGAGCUACCAUUUCUUGACAUUUUCUGAAGAAAUUAAAAACUGAUCAGAAAAAUAAUAAAAUGGACAUAAUCAAACAGA